UUCGGCUUUUAUUAUAGGUUAGCCCUUCUCGUUUACUACUAAUUAUACUGCAUUUUCUGCACUGAUACCUGCGACCGGCAUGCUGAAUAGCUACGAAUAUCUUUUCUUUCGGCCCUUUCUUCUCUAAUUUUUACACAAAUCGUAUUACAGCCAACGUUAAGUUUCCCACUCACAAACAAAUGGCACACGCAUCUACUAUUUUCUCUCUUUCGCAACGGCUUUAGAGAAGUAUUUUUCAAACCGUGUCAAUACUUAUGUUUAGUGUUCAGUUUUAUGGUGAUUUGACGAGGCGGUCAUAAUGCUGCCGCUAUUUGCAUAGCGGAUGCCCCGCCGACUGUCCCCAAUGGCCACAGGGCUGUGUCAACUCGACGUUAGCGUCGCUAUUUCCUAUACGCUCGAUACGAAUCACAUCACAUGACCUAUCUACUUCUGAACAUUCCACGGACUAUCGCAUUGAAUUGUUGCGAAUACAAAUAAUCUAUGAAAUUGGAAAUGACCUGUAUUUCCACAGCACGAAAUCCAAUAUGUAUUCCUAAUGUUUAAAUAAUUUCACGUCACGUAACAAUUUACGUUGCACAUCGGAGAGGCACUUCGGAACGUACGUUUUAACCUAAUACAUAUUUGCUAAUCUUGACGAUUCCAUUUGGCUAGUAGAUAAGCGAUAAGCUAUUUGUAAGGUGUUGCAUUUUGCAAUAGAUCGAUUGGGUAGUGUACUAGUAGAAGAUCGGCGGAGAUGUUUGUCGGUUGCGCGCGCGCAUGCAGACUUUCACUGUCGUUGGCGCAGCGGCGGCCGCGCAGUCCGCGCCGCAGUGCCGCCGCAGCCGUCCGCGGCGCUCCUCCCGACCCGCACGCAGUCGCUGUAGCCGCAUGCGCACAGACAUCGCCGCGAUCGUAUAACAAAACACGACUUAAUUAAAAUUUAAUUAAUUACUAAAUAAAAAUAAAAAACUAUGUGAUUUAAGCGUAAGUGGUCUGAUAGUGUUAGUGCAUGUAAAGUGCGGUAUAUGAUAAUAAUAGUGACAUGUGCGGAAGAUUUGUUUAAUGUUAACAAGGUAACUUCUGCCCGGAGGCAUUACCUUGUGUUGACUCCCAGUUCUGUGUAUGGUGAUGUUGUGUAACCACUCCGCGAUGCAUGACUGAGUGAAAAUCAGACCCGGUGUCCAAGUUCGACGGCUGUCGCAAAGAAUAGAGAAAGCUACUAAUUCGAAUGCCUGGUUUCCCUUACAUAAAAGGUUCAGCUUAAUUGAUUGAAACCUCCGUUUAGCACUCCGAAUUUACAUAACAUUCUUUGUCUGUGUAUGGACGGCUAUUCGACGGAAGAAUCAAUCAUUUUAAAUUCCUUUAAUGAAGCUGAAUUGAUGAGCUAUAUGAGCACGAUACAGUGAACCAAAUUUAGGGGCCGUCUCAUAAUGUCAAGGUGAGCGAAGCGGCCAGCAUUCGCGCAUAAAACGCGACGCGAAGCUCACUGGAAAUAAAUAAUGACCUAAUCGCAUCUCAAACAUAUGCUCUCCGUGCCAGAGAAAUACACAAAAUCCAGCUUUAUGCUAAAAGCACGGUAAAUUUUAAUUAUCACUGGUUUGUGUAACCCGAUUCUUUUAUUGAAUUACGUUGAAUGGGUCUGAACGUUGUUUUUAAAUAAGCAAACGAAAUCUUUAUAGGUAGUUUUGUCCCAAAAUAACAUCAUGUGAUUGGGAUUAACUUUCGAAGAUAGUGUUAUUCUUAUACCUCAGAGACUAUUUACGUCUCUGACUUGUUUUGUAUAUUGUACGUAUUGUAUAAACGAGCUUAUGUACAUACCUCGAGACAUCAACGGGCAGGUUGUUUACGUGUCGUAUUGUAUCAUUGCAAGCUAUAGAACAUCAUUGCAAAAGAUAAAUGACAGAAAUGUGAAAUUUCAAUGCAAGUGCAUACAAACAGCUUUCGAAGAUUUCUAAAGGGCUCUCCCUUUCUCUGCGACUAGCCGUCCCGCGCAGCAGCCGCUUGUCACCGCGGUGAAACCCGCCACAUUCAGCUACAGGGUGCAAUAUCCGGUAUAAUUAAUUGUGCAACAAAGUGCAGAAACUCAUAAAGGAUUAUGUAAAAAGUGGUGAAGUAAGAAUACAAAAUGCCGCAUUACGACGAGAGUUUUAUUUUCGAUGACAAUGACAACCAGCGCCGGAACAAGCGCAGCUACCACGUGUACAAGCACGGGGCGGGCGCGGGCGGCGGCGGGGGCGGGGGCGACGUGCUGCGCGCGCUGGAGGAGCGCGGCACCUCCGUCAUCAAGCGCAACAUCCGCAACAUCAAGCAGCGCGCCCGCGCCAAGCCCGACCAGCUCGCCCGGGGCCCUGACAUUAUCAUCGACCACUGCCCAAGAAUCACCUGCUACGACCCCAACAAGUACAACGACAUACGCAACAACAAUGUGUCGCUCGCCUCCUGCAAGAGCUUGGACAAUCUGACCCUGAAGCACGCUAAGAAGUACAACGAGAAAGUAAUUAGAGGCGGCACCAGUUUGCAGAAUUUGAUAGAUGAUGAAGGACUGCAGCACUACUCGUCCCCGCUGGUCGAGGGCAGCGCGGCGCCCCAGCGGGGGGUGCCUCGCUCGUACUGGCUGGCGGCGGCGGCGCGCAAGGGGCCGCGGCGCGGGGCGGGCGGGCCGCGCGCCGUGCCGCCCGGCGUCGGCGUCUACCGACAGAUCAACGGCGACCAACAACAACCCACCAGACCCACUCAUGAGAGUGACCUGUUCAGCCCCGAGCCGGGGUCGGGGCACCGCGGGUCGCUGCGCGGCGCCAACAAGCUGGCGCGGCGCGCGCGCAGCUUCAAGGACGACCUGCUCGAGAGGAUCUCCAACAUGCGCUCGCCGCAGCAGCAGCAUCACGCGCCUCAUCUGGCUAAUGCUCUCAGAUCGCACUCCCCGCUGAGCCCGAAGCUCCGCAACAUGGGGCACAAGGCGGCCGCCGACGACGGCGAGCUCACGCCGGCCAAAGAACUGGAACGACUAGUCAAAGAUGUCACAUUCGGAUUAAAACACUUUUCCGACGUCAUAACAAAAAGGAAACUGGAGAUGUUGCCGGACAACGGCACCCUCGUUUUCGAAUCAAUCGCCAAUAUUCACAAAGCGAUCAAGCCGUACUGCGGGCGGUCGCCGCCGCUGACGAACGCCGUGAAGCGCCUCUGCACGGCCUUGGCCAUGUUGAUCCGUUUGUGCGACGAGAUCACGGCGAUUAGUUUGCGGGGUGAGGAGGAGGAGACGGGGGAGACGGGGUGCCUGGCGCCCGAGCACGUGGGCGGCGUGGUGGCGGGCGUGACCGCGGCCGUGCACGACGUGGCGCGGCUGGCGCAGCAGCACAUGACGCGCCCUGCUCUGGACCCGAGGCCGGCCGCGUUGUUAGCGCCCAGGCCGCCCGCGCAGAGGAACUCGCUACCAGACAUCCCGCUGACGCCCAAAGAGCGUUCCCUGCUGACGGGAUCGAGCGGCAUGAUGGAGGGCGGCGGCGUGCGCGCCUCGCACUCGUCCGAGUCCGUGCUGGACGCGCCCGACUCGCCGCCGCCCAAGCCAGCCAGGCCCAAUAGAAAAAUUGAACUGGCCCCGCCGUUGCCGCCCAAGCGGAAAUCUGCCAACGAUAAUUCGCUACUGGCACUUUCCAUUGAUGGGCUCUCCCUGCAGUCGCACAGCAGCGGCUCCCUGGACUCGAUGCUGAACGUGUCCAACGACGAGGAGUCCCGCCACGCCGCCGACGGCUCCAACCACGACAGCGUGUUCGCGACGCCGCCCAACUCGGACUUAGUCGGCAUAUGCAUAUGCAACAACGGGUUGGAAGGCCGCACCUCGUUGGAUUCCACCGGCCAUGAGAGCCACCUGAACAGUUCGCAUCUGCACUCGCACUCAAACUCGAACCACAAUCGUUUCUCGAAUGAGUCUGGCUUUGUGUCGGUCGGCCAUCAGGAACAAUCGACUGAACAUAGUUUUACUUCCGCAUUCUCUUCGCAUCACCUCUCCAGUCAUACAGAUAGUACUUUUGACAGUACAGAGUUUGUAACGGAGCUGAAGUGCACGCGGCAGAGCUUUGAGAGCCGCAUGAACCUCAUCAAUGCCAACUGCUCCACGACACAACACGCUCAGAGUAUAAAGUUGGCGAGCGUGACGUCAGACGAGAGCGAGGUGCCGCCGGAGCUGCCGGUGAAGACGCGGCGCGCGGCGCGCAGCGACGUGCAGCAACACUUCCCUAAUGUCGAGAUCAGAGCAAGUCCAGUGUGCACGUUGCACGGCGAAGGGCGGCCGCACACGCUGGCCGACCACCACCCGCCGCGGCCGCCGCCGCUGCCGCUCAAGAAGAAACACAUGUUCCAAAGCGUGGCCUACAGUGUAAUGGCGUACAUGGAGAUGUUUGGGAAGCAGCUGGAACAGAACAACGCCGCCGCCGCGCCUGACAUGUUCCGACACUCCAUACAUACGUAUAAUCUGGCUAGCGCUCAGCACUCAACAGUCGGAAGUCUCAGCGUGUCUCGACAGCAUGUUCAGCGCUCGAUAGCACAAUCACUGACUGUGCAGCAUUUCGGAUCUACUCCACUAAGCGGGUCGGAAGACAGCGUCAGUAUGACGACGUCGAGCGGCACGAGUCCGGUGCCGCCGGAGCCGCCGGCGCUCCCACCAAAGAUGAACAAAAAUAAACUGCUCCAAAUGAACACGAGUAACGAGUUGCUACCGCCACCGUCGCCGCGGCCCUCCUCCUACAACAGUGGGACCGACGAAACUAUUCUGAACAACUCGAAUUCAGAGGAUCCAUACCCGAGCAUCACAGCGCCUGGAAAGUUCCCGCUAGAGGAUGAGUUGGAGCGGCUAGUACAGCCGACACCGUCGCCCGUGCCAUCACAACGGAGUGAAAGCAGUUCCGAACCGAACGUAGCUUCAGACGCAAACACAACCAUGGAACCAGUGGACGAAGAUGACGUCAUACUACAAACGGACAUAAGUUCGCGCCUCCUCUUCAACACAGACAAGAACGGACCGGAAGUCCGUGGCGGACAGCCGGACGCGCUAGUCGUACUGGCCACUAAAGCUACCAAAGAAACGGACGAGUACUUCGCUUACCAGGAGGCGUUCCUGGCGACGUACCGCACGUGGGUGGGCCCGGGCGCGCUGGUGGAGCGGCUCGAGCGGCGCGCGCACCACUUCCGGCAGCGCCCGCACGAGCUGCGCUCCACGCUCAGCCUGCUCACGCGCGUCGUGGCCGACCUCACUAUGAUCGAUCUGGAGACGAAAUUGGUGCAGAAAAUAACGAAUUUCAUCUACUGGCUGGUAGAAGUGGAAGAGUUGGCGAUAGCGAAAGCACUGAGGCAGAUCCUAGUCGAAAAACAGAAACAACUGCACUCUCAAACCGUCAACUCAAACCACCGCUACGAAUACGACAGCCCGUGCUACGGCGCAGUGUCGCUCAGUCGAGACACACUCCUAGACUUCAAGUCGCACGAGAUCGCCGAACAGAUGACGCUACUAGACGCGGCGUUGUUCGGACGAAUCACGACUGCGGAAGUGUUGUCGUGGCCGCGCGACCAAUCAGAGGAGAGCUCGCCAAACCUCACGAGGUUUACUGCGCACUUCAACAAUAUGAGCUUUUGGGCGCGAUCCAGAAUACUUGAACAGGUGGAAGCGCGCGAACGCGAGAAAUACGCCAACAAGUUCCUCAAAGUGAUGAAAGUUCUCCGCAAGAUCAACAACUUCAACUCGUACCUGGCUCUGGUCUCCGCUCUGGACUCGCCCCCCGUGCGGAGGCUCGGCUGGCCGCGCCACAUCGAGGAGACGCUCAGGGAAUACUGCGCGCUGAUUGAUUCGUCGUGCUCGUUCAGAGCGUACAGGGCUGCGUUGAGCGAGACGGUGCCGCCGUGUAUACCUUACCUCGGUCUAGUCCUGCAGGACCUGACGUUCGUGCACGUGGGCAACCCGGACCUGCUGGCCGACGGCAGCAUCAACUUCUCCAAGCGCUGGCAGCAGUACGGAAUCAUGGAGAACAUCAAGCGGUUUCAGAAAGACAGACAAUACAAGUUCAAGCGCAACGAGCGGAUCCAGGCGAUGUUCAACGAGUUCGACGACGUGCUCAGCGAGGACGCGCUGUGGCAGAUCAGCAAGACCAUCAAGCCAAGCGACGGCCGCAGCGCGCAUUAGCCCCGCGCCCUGGCCGCGUGCUGCCAGCUGAUAGCACGGGUGAAAUGGAAAUCCAAAGAAUAGAUGCAGCGACGCUCCGGACCGGACGUGUUCACAUCGACAAGGAAUUGUGUAAGUCGUUAGAUGAAUUGUGAUUACCUAUCGAAAGGCCUAAUUAUUUUUAGUGCAUUUAUUAAUAAGAGUGUGCGACUUCUUAAACGUAAUUUUAAGUUGUUAGAACAACAAUGCGGUGAUAUAGUAAAAAAUACUUUCAAUACUUUCUUUUAGCUUUUCACGUGAAACUCUAAUAUUCAAAGUACAUAAGCCAAAUAAUCUCUAUCAGUAUUUUAUUCGAUAUACUGUCGCCUUUUACAUAUCAGUAUGUGACUUGCAUAGUGUUCUAAACAGUCGAGCAUCGCCUCGGUGUUUAGGAAAAUGUCCUUAAACUCUUCUCGUUGUUGUAAUUGCCAUAGGUGUCGGUAUAUUAUCGUAAGCAUGCUUUGACAACUUAUAUCUCAGUACAUCGAAUUAGGACUUCAAGUUGCUAUAGGAGUUAGUAGACUUUUGAUAUAGUGAUUAGUCGUAAAAGGUUUUAUGUUGUAUUGUAUGUAAGUUCUGUUUGAAUAUUUUUGUAUCGGCGUCUCCAAAGGGGUGAGUGCUACCAAAUACCAAGUGAAUAGUGAAAAGUCUACACCGGCAGGUUAACAUUGAUACAUAUCAAAUACAAUGAGACCCCUCUGUUGUCAGGAAUGCCUUAAAUGAUUUCAAUAGAAGUACAAUAUUAGCUGUAAAGUGUAAUUUUUUUAUACAUCUUUUGCUAAUAACUUUACAAGACAGAACUUUUAACCAACAUUUGCGUUUCUAACAUUCAGCAGAAAAACAUACAUAAUAUUUUGUGACUUGUGAAAAAUGCAUAUUUUGCGAUGGCGUAUAUUGUCUAUUCAUGGCGCCAUAUUUUGUGCAUGAUUUUAAAAUAUCGAUGAAGCGUAUUAUUUUUGAUAAUCAGAUGUUAUACUUUCCCUAAGGGUUAUUUGAAUGAAACAUUUACAAAGGACUUAAACUAUCUACUUCCACAGUUGUGUAUGUAGUCUACUAUCUGGUACUGUAAACUUUAGUCUCAGUACACCAUAAUAUACAAGUAGCAAUAAUUUGCUGCUGCAUACAUUAGCUAGGCAUUAUUAGCGCCAGUUUUAUAUACUUACAUUGAUCACUUGUUAAGUACAUGAUAGUUCAUCAAUUGUUGUUAGCGUUUUGAAUAUUGAAUAAUAAUCGGCGUUAAUUUGCCUUAAACAAUCGAAUCUGGAUAAACAUAGCAAUAAACUUAUAAUUAAAUAGUAGGAUCGCUGCACAAGUUUGUGAUAUAGUGUGCCGCUUCACCGCUCGGUCUCAGUAACGUCCUCGGUAGGAAAUUGUAUUAGACGAAUGUUAAUUAGUAAGCAUAUACAACCCCUUGACUCUAGUAAGAGUAACGUUACUGCAUUGAUCUGCUGGUAGACUAUUUGUGUAUACAAAAACAAUGACGGACGUCCAAGGAGCUAUUUCACGAAAAAAAUAACAUCCUUUUAUUCCAAAGUCACAAAUCGGACACUUAUGCAAGCGAUGAUUUUCAAAAGUUUCAUGAAAUAGCGGCCCAGUCCGCAGCAAUAAAUAUUAGACCAAUAUUUAGAACAUUUUACAAUGCUUUUACUCAGUUAUAAGAAUGACUCAUGAUGAGUGAAUCACUUGGAUGGUUAGGUCUGUUACCAUUUUGUUGUAUUAUUAUUUAUUACGUUGUAUUACGUAACAAUUGUGUAUGAUUAUUGAAGUGUAUUUAAAGACUGCCUAAAUUAAUUAUUAUAAUUAUUGUAAUUGACAUGUAAAGUAGAGACAAACUUUGUUUAGUCACAUUAAACUAGCAAAAUGUCAUGUAAAUAUUAUAUGAGUUGUUAUUCAGAACCUUGUCGAAUUAUAUUUUAUUUACAAAAGUAAUUUACGUAAUUUCUUUCGAAUACUAUUUGAAUAACAACAACAAUUACGUUGUAUUAGGGUAUUCAGUAUUAUGUUGAAUGAAAUGAAUGCCAUAAUGUAUGAGAUGGAUUUUUUAUUUAUCGUUUUGGGACACUUGUGUUACAUUUUAUAUCCUUAUUUUAAAAUUACUUUAUAAUUAUUUUUAUAUUAUAUUUUAUUGUAUAUUAAAUUUAUUCAGUUAACCAUGAAGUUUAUAUGCUAAAUCUAAAUUGCAUGCAUGUACAGUAAAAUUUUGCGUGUGUCAUCUUUUUGUAAUUAUUUUGUAAAAUAAAUAUAGCACGUUAUUUACAACAUA